ACUAAAAUAGCAUUUUCACCUUUGCAGGCACUUGGCUUCCUGUGGUAUUCUGAUGACCAGAAUUUCUCUGCUGCAAGCACCUGAGAUGAACCAUACCCUUUCAAGAAAUUUCUUCAAUGUGACUGCACCACUAGUAAACAAAAGAAAAGAAUAUUCUGAAAGAAGAAUUAUAGGGUAUUCUAUGCAGGAGAUGUAUGAAGUUGUUGCUCUUGUGGAGAAUUACAAACUAUUUGUUCCUUGGUGUAAGAAAUCAGAUAUAUUAUCGAAGCGUUCUGGCUACUGCAAAGCGCAGUUAGAAAUAGGGUUCCCUCCCGUCCUGGAGAGGUACACCUCGGUCGUUACCCUAGUGAGGCCGCACUUAGUCAAGGCAUCCUGCACAGAUGGAAAACUAUUUAAUCACUUGGAAACUGUGUGGCGUUUCAGCCCAGGUAUCCCUGGUUAUCCAAGGACAUGCACAUUGGAUUUUUCAGUUUCUUUUGAAUUUCGUUCUCUGCUACACUCUCAACUUGCAACACUGUUUUUCGAUGAAGUGGUAAAGCAGAUGGUAGCUGCCUUUGAAAGAAGAGCAUCCAAACUGCACGGCCCAGAAACAACCAUACCUCGGGAACUAAUGCUUCAUGAAGUUCAUCACACAUAAAGGGAAAUUGUAGCAGCUCCUAUUAGAAAUUUGUAUGUAUAUUUUAUUUAUGCAAGAGGUACGAUGCUCCUUUGG